UCGAACUGAUGAGGAUACUGAUCGCACUGUGAGCUCCCAUUCACGUAAACAGGUCAUGAUUUAUUUUACGCCUAUCUUCUUGCGCCCAGUGGCCGAUACUGAGGCCCUGCGUUUUAUCGGCACGAGAGUGGCGGUUGGCUUCACUAAUCAUAUGUCACCUGUUUCGCUAUCAGGUGUACACGUACCUACAUCUAUAUAUACUUUCACAAUGAAACAAGUCAAUCCGUCUUCCGUAAUCAUUCCACGCGAACGCAUCACGGACAAGCGGAUGACUUAUAUAAACGAGCUGAAUUCUGCUUUGAACAUUAAUUCAAAAAUCACGCGUUCUCUCUUUUCGCUUUAAUAUUUUUUUUUUCUUUUCGAGUUUAACGACGCUGUGUUGCAACGAAGGUCUCUGAGGCCUUCUCGUCAUGUCGGUAGACUCGGCGCGCCGCCACAACGGGGCGCCACAACUUCUCCUCCACGCGCCGGAAGCUGUAGCAGACGACGCCGGCACGACCGCAGCGCCCCUGUUACGCGCGCGCCACAUCCGGUCCGGCUCGGCGUCGUCUGUUCGCGCCGCGCGUCGUCUGCGCUUCGAGGUGGCAGCGCUAAAAUCGAGCGGCCGUUCCAUCGCGAUGGUGGCCGGCGCCGCUGGCGCUUCCCUAGCCGUGUGCGUGUCGCCCCGUGUGUGCUGAGCAGCGUGUCGCGAGUGUUACUCCCGAAGGGUGCGGUGUCUUCUCAUCGGGGUCGACUCGCGUACCCGGGAGCCACGCGCCAUCCGUUCGCGUCCCAGUGAGAUGAGUGCCGGCGCUGUGGGCGACAGCAAAUCGUCACCGUCGUCCAAGCGACGCCCCAAGCACCGCCGUCCGCCGCCGCAGCCACCGCCGCCGUCGACGACGUCUGCGACGGUUCGAGUGAAACCGGAACCCGUGGACGACAUCAAGGACUACGCGGAGACGACGAUGAACGAGCUCCUCGGCUGGUACGGCUACGAGAAGGUGGUCGACCGGCGGGACACGCAGGGCCUGAACCUGGGCCACUUCGCCGCGUCCAGCUCGGAGGACGAGCGCAGCGGCCAGGACUCGGCCGGCGAGCCGCGGCCGCGCCACCACCACAAGCAGCGCAAGCAUCGCCGCUCGGCUCGCCUCACGCCCCUGCACCACCAGAGGCUCGCCACGCCCGUGGCCGUCGCCUCCUCGGUGGGAGCGGGCGACGACGCGCUGGUCAUCGCCGCGCCCCAGCUUGGCGAGCCCGGUACCAGCCCCAGGGACGAUGAGCAGAAGCACUUGCAGCAACUUCUCGCGGCCGUAGAGCUCGCUGACCGCACUGACGCGCAGUUCCUGCGCCUCAUGCAGCGCCUGCUGGGUGAAGAGCUCACCCGGGAAUACCAGCCACCCAGCGACUCAUCGCCGACCGCUUUACGUGUGGCCGAAUGUGACCCGCGAGAUUCACCUAUGGACACGCUCCUGGAUCACGUGUCAGCGAUGUAA